UUUUGGGGAGUGGAUUUCUAAAAUAGAUGGGAGGAAAUUGAAAAGAAAAACAAACGAACACCAAUGCUGCAGCAGUUGUUGGUCUGAAGUAUUUCUAAGAGGAAACCAUCGUUUCCAGCAUACCCCCUUCAGUAGAAUCACUUAGACACUUCCAGCUGGUGGCAGGGGAUACAGCCAUAAUACAGCUUUCUCUGUCCCAGCUGUCUUUCUCAUUACAUUAAAUGCAUUAGGAUGGCUGCACUGUUUUGUAGACGUUCAGGUACAGAAAGGUAUAGGAAGACAUGGUGAAGCAUGAAUUUGGGUCCAUCUGCCAGCUUCAUCGGGACCUUUGAAUGCUGAAUGUCUUCCUGGCUCUGGCCAAAGCUUUUCUCCAGGCAUUGCUUACAAGGGCUGGUGAAAGGUGCCUGAGGAUAUCACCUUGUAUACCAGGAAGGAUUGUUGCAAAGGGUGUCCUUAAUGCAUUAUGGCUCAUGCAGCAUCACAGCUCAAGAAAAACAGAGAUUUAGAACUUAAUGCUGAAGAAGAAAAUGAGAAAAAGAGGAAACAUAGGAAAAGAUCCAGGGAUCGGAAGAAAAAGUCUGACACCAAUGCAAGUUACCUACGAGCUGCCCGGGCAGGCAAUUUAGAAAAGGCGCUUGACUACUUAAAAAGUGGAGUGGACAUCAACAUUUGCAAUCAGAAUGGGUUGAAUGCUCUCCAUCUCGCCUCCAAAGAAGGCCAUGUAGAAGUUGUUUCAGAACUGAUACAGAGAGGCGCCAAUGUGGACGCAGCAACAAAGAAAGGAAACACAGCUUUGCACAUAGCAUCUCUGGCUGGACAGACCGAAGUGGUGAAAGUGCUAGUUACAAAUGGGGCCAACGUCAAUGCACAAUCUCAGAAUGGCUUCACACCAUUGUAUAUGGCAGCUCAAGAAAAUCACCUGGAAGUGGUUAAGUUUCUUCUUGAUAACGGGGCAAGUCAAAGCCUUGCCACAGAGGAUGGCUUCACCCCAUUGGCAGUAGCUCUUCAGCAGGGUCACGAUCAGGUGGUUUCCUUGUUGCUUGAAAAUGACACAAAGGGGAAAGUUCGUCUUCCUGCUCUUCAUAUAGCUGCACGCAAGGAUGACACCAAGGCAGCUGCCCUGCUGCUGCAGAAUGACCACAAUGCAGAUGUGGAGUCUAAGAUGAUGGUGAAUAGAACAACUGAGAGUGGCUUCACUCCUCUUCACAUAGCUGCCCACUAUGGAAAUAUUAAUGUAGCUACACUGCUUUUAAAUCGUGGUGCUGCUGUGGACUUUACGGCAAGGAACGAUAUCACUCCAUUACAUGUAGCAUCAAAAAGAGGGAAUACAAAUAUGGUUAAACUGCUGCUUGACAGAGGAGCAAAAAUUGAUGCCAAAACAAGGGAUGGGCUGACACCUCUCCACUGUGGAGCACGAAGUGGCCACGAACAAGUUGUGCGAAUGUUGCUUGAUCGAGGAGCUCCUAUUCUUUCAAAAACAAAGAAUGGCUUGUCUCCAUUGCACAUGGCAACCCAGGGGGACCACCUAAACUGUGUUCAGCUUCUGAUUGAGCACAACGUGCCUGUGGAUGACGUCACUAAUGACUAUUUGACGGCACUGCAUGUUGCCGCCCACUGUGGCCACUACAAAGUUGCUAAGGUUUUGCUGGACAAGAAAGCUAAUCCUAAUGCCAAAGCACUGAAUGGUUUCACACCUCUCCACAUUGCCUGCAAAAAGAACAGAAUUAAAGUUAUGGAACUUUUGCUGAAACAUGGAGCAUCUAUCCAAGCUGUCACUGAGUCUGGCCUGACUCCGAUUCAUGUUGCUGCCUUCAUGGGACAUGUAAAUAUCGUUUCACAGCUGAUGCAUCAUGGAGCAUCACCCAAUACAACCAAUGUGAGGGGAGAGACUGCACUCCAUAUGGCUGCCAGAGCUGGCCAGUCAGAAGUUGUUCGAUACUUAGUACAGAAUGGAGCUCAGGUAGAAGCGAAAGCCAAGGAUGACCAAACACCACUGCACAUCUCUGCACGACUGGGAAAAGCUGAUAUAGUGCAGCAGCUGUUGCAGCAAGGAGCUUCUCCGAAUGCUGCGACAACUUCAGGAUAUACACCAGUGCACCUUGCAGCACGAGAAGGACAUGAAGAUGUAGCAUCGGUACUUCUGGAUCAUGGUGCUUCCUUAAGUAUAACUACCAAGAAAGGAUUUACUCCUCUACACGUGGCAGCCAAGUAUGGCAAAAUUGAAGUAGCCAACCUCUUGCUUCAGAAGAAUGCAUCUCCAGAUGCUGCUGGGAAGAGUGGUUUAACUCCACUGCAUGUUGCGGCACAUUACGAUAAUCAGAAAGUGGCACUUCUGCUCUUGGACCAGGGAGCCUCACCUCACGCCUCUGCAAAGAAUGGCUACACACCACUACAUAUAGCUGCCAAGAAGAACCAAAUGGAUAUAGCAACCACACUGCUAGAAUAUGGUGCUGAUGCGAAUGCUGUUACCAGACAGGGAAUUGCUCCAGUGCAUCUUGCUUCCCAAGAGGGCCAUGUGGACAUGGUGUCACUGCUUCUUACCAGAAAUGCUAAUGUGAAUCUUAGCAACAAGAGCGGCCUGACUCCACUCCACCUGGCUGCGCAAGAGGACAGAGUCAACGUGGCUGAGGUCCUCGUUAACCAAGGAGCCAUUGUGGAUGCACAGACCAAGAUGGGAUACACACCAUUACAUGUUGGCUGCCACUAUGGAAACAUAAAGAUAGUUAAUUUCCUCCUGCAGCAAUUUGCAAAAGUUAAUGCCAAAACGAAGAAUGGCUACACCCCCCUACACCAAGCAGCUCAACAGGGACACACCCAUAUAAUCAACGUCUUGCUCCAGAACGGUGCAUCACCCAAUGAACUCACUGUGAAUGGAAACACUGCCCUUGCCAUUGCUAAGCGACUUGGCUACAUUUCAGUUGUUGAUACUCUGAAGGUAGUGACAGAAGAAACUAUGACAACAAUUACAGUCACAGAAAAGCAUAAAAUGAAUGUACCAGAAACUAUGAAUGAAGUUUUAGAUAUGUCUGAUGAUGAAGUUCGUAAAGCGAAUGCUCCUGAAAUUCUCAGUGAUGGUGAAUAUAUUUCAGAUGUUGAAGAAGUUCAAAACAUCAGACCUCCUUACUUUAGAAACCACUACAAGAAUGGAUUAAGUACCAGUGAGGAUGCAAUGACAGGUGAUACAGACAAGUAUCUUGGGCCACAGGAUCUAAAAGAACUGGGAGAUGAUUCUCUGCCUGCAGAAGGAUACAUGGGCUUCAGCCUCGGAGCCCGAUCUGCCAGCCUCCGCUCCUUCAGUUCGGAUAGGUCCUACACUUUGAACAGAAGUUCCUACGCCCGGGACAGCAUGAUGAUUGAAGAACUACUGGUACCAUCCAAGGAUCCGCACCUGACAUUUCCCAGAGAAUUUGACUCUGACUCACUCAGACACUAUAGCUGGGCUGCAGACACCUUGGACAAUGUUAAUCUUGUCUCCAGCCCCAUCCAUUCUGGCUAUUCCUCUCCACUCCCCCAGUAUGAUUCAAGUUUCCUGGUUAGUUUUAUGGUUGAUGCCCGUGGGGGCUCAAUGAGGGGCAGCCGUCACCAUGGCAUGAGGAUUAUUAUUCCACCACGCAAAUGUACAGCGCCUACCCGCAUCACCUGCCGCUUGGUAAAGAGGCACAAACUGGCCAGCCCUCCACCGAUGGUUGAAGGAGAAGGAUUGGCCAGUAGACUGGUAGAAAUGGGGCCUUCAGGUGCACAGUUCUUAGGUCCUGUCAUAGUGGAAAUCCCUCAUUUUGGAUCAAUGCGAGGAAAGGAAAGAGAAUUGAUUGUGCUUCGAAGUGAAAAUGGUGAAACAUGGAAAGAACAUCAGUAUGAUAGCAGACAUGAAAAUCUCAGUGAGAUACUAAAUGGCAUGAAUGAAGAGUUGGACAGUGCUGAAGAACUUGAGAAGAAGCGUAUCUGUAGAAUUAUUACCAAGGACUUCCCUCAGUACUUUGCUGUGGUUUCCCGUAUUAAGCAAGAAAGCAAUCAGAUUGGUCCUGAGGGGGGUGUCCUGAGCAGCACAACUGUCCCUCGUGUUCAGGCCUCUUUUCCAGAAGGAGCAUUAACCAAAAGAAUACGAGUGGGACUUCAGGCUCAACCAGUUCCAGAUGAAACAGUCAAAAAAAUCCUUGGCAACAAAGCAACUUUCAGCCCCAUUGUCACUGUGGAACCAAGAAGAAGAAAGUUUCAUAAACCAAUCACCAUGACAAUUCCUGUGCCACCCCCAUCAGGGGAAGGGAUCAGCAAUGGAUACAAAGGCGACACGACGCCAAGCCUUCGGCUACUAUGUAGCAUUACAGGAGGUACUUCACCAGCUCAGUGGGAAGAUAUCACGGGAACUACUCCACUGACCUUUGUAAAUGAUUGUGUGUCUUUCACAACCAACGUUUCAGCCAGAUUUUGGCUAGCAGACUGCCAUCAAGUUCUUGAAACUGUUGGGCUGGCCUCACAGCUUUAUAGGGAAUUAAUAUGUGUUCCAUACAUGGCCAAGUUUGUGAUUUUUGCCAAAAUGAAUGAUGCUGUGGAGUCGAAUUUGCGCUGCUUCUGCAUGACGGAUGAUAAAGUGGACAAAACUUUGGAGCAGCAAGAGAAUUUUGAAGAAGUUGCAAGAAGUAAAGAUAUUGAGGUUUUGGAAGGGAAGCCUAUUUAUGUGGACUGCUAUGGAAAUUUAGCCCCUUUGACGAAAGGAGGACAGCAGCUUGUAUUUAAUUUUUAUGCUUUCAAAGAAAAUAGACUGCCAUUUUCUAUCAAGAUUAGAGACACCAGCCAAGAACCCUGUGGUCGCUUAUCCUUUUUGAAAGAACCAAAGACUACAAAAGGUCUGCCGCAAACUGCCGUUUGCAAUUUGAAUAUCACUCUGCCAGCACACAAAAAGGAAACAGAGUCAGAUCAAGAUGAUGAGACAGAGAAAACGGAUCGGCGACAGAACUUUGUCUCUCUUGCUUUACGUAAGCGCUACAGCUAUCUGACUGAGCCUGGAAUGAAAACAGUUGAACGAAGUGCAGGAGCAACAAGAUCCCUACCAGCUACAUAUUCAUACAAGCCAUUCUUUUCAGGAAGACCAUAUCAGUCAUGGACAACAGCACCAAUUACUGUGCCUGGGCAAACCAAAUCAGGCUUCACCUCCCUAUCAAGCUCUUCCUCUAAUACUCCAACAGCUUCCCCAUUAAAAUCAAUAUGGUCUGUUUCUUCUGCUUCGCCAAUCAAAUCCACAUUAGGAGCCUCCACUACAUCUUCAAUUAAAUCUGUUAGCGAUGUAGCUUCUCCAAUUAGAUCAUUUCGGACAAUCUCCUCACCAAUAAAAACCGUGGUCUCACAGCCUCCAUAUAAUAUCCAGGUCUCUUCUGGUUCUUUCGUCAGAGCUCCCACUGUAACAGAAGCCACUAGUUUAAAAGGGCUGGCAUCCACUUCUGCAUUCCCCUCUCGGACAUCUCCAGUGACUACAGCUGGGUCUCUUUUGGAGAGAUCAUCCAUUACCAUGACACCUCCAGCAUCUCCCAAAUCGAACAUUAACAUGUACUCUUCAAGUUUGCCAUUUAAGUCAAUCAUCACAUCAGCAUCACCGCUUUUAUCUUCACCUUUAAAAUCAGUGGUGUCUCCUGCUAAGUCAGCAGUUGAUGCUGUUUCCUCAUCUAAAGUCACGAUGGCUUCAUCUCUCACAUCCCCUGCGAAACACAUAGUUGGGCAUACAGAGGUAGCAAUGGUUAAUGGAUCCAUGUCACCUUUGAAAUAUCCGUCCCCUGCCAGUUUAAUCAGUGGAUCCAAAGCCACAGCCACAUUUCAAGACAAGAUCACUGCAGCAACCAAUUCUGCAAGUUGUGCGGUUAAUGCAGUCACUGAUACAGUUGAGAAAAUGUUUCCAACUACUACUGCAAUGCCAUUUUCUCCACUCAGGUCGCUUGUGUCUUCAACUCCAUCAGCCUUUCAGUCAAUAAGAACUCCUUCUGCAGGUGCACUAUACACAUCUCUUGGGUCAAUAUCGGCAACUACCUCGUCAGUAACUUCAUCAACAAUCACAGUGCCAGUAUAUUCUGUAGUCAAUGUUUUGUCUGAACCAGCACUAAAGAAGCUCCCAGAGUCAUCUUCCCUUACAAAAUCGGCAGCUGCAUUGUUAUCGCCUAUUAAAACAUUGACUACAGAGACACGCACACAGCCUCACUUUAAUCGAACCUCAUCUCCUAUAAAAUCAUCCUUGUUUUUAGCACCCUCUGCUCUUAAGUUGUCCGCACCAUCUUCUUUAUCUUCUAGUCAGGAGAUAUUAAAAGAUGUGGCUGAGAUGAAAGAGGACCUAAUAAGAAUGACAGCGAUAUUGCAGACAGAUGUAAUGGAGGACAAGGCAUUCCAUCCAGAACUAACAAAAGAGGGUAGAAUAGAUGAUGAAGAACCUUUUAAAAUUGUUGAGAAAGUAAAAGAGGACUUAGUAAAAGUUAGUGAGAUACUGAAAAAAGAUGUGUGUUUAGAAAAUAAAGGAUCAACCAAGCUAUCAAAAAAUGAUAAAGGACACUCAUCUGAGGAUGAAUGGGUAGAGUUCAGUGCAGAUGAGAUUGAUGAAGCAAGACGGCAAGGCAUGAUAUGUCCUCCUAUAUCUAUUCCUGAAAAGGUGCAAAUUAAAGCGAAGGCUGUAUCUGAAAAGGAUUAUAACUUGACUAAAGUCAUUGAUUAUUUGACAAACGAUAUUGGUAGUAGUUCACUGGCAAGCUUAAAGUACAAGUUUGAAGAGGGGAAAAGAGAAGGUGAAGAGAGGCAAAAAAGAGUUUUAAAACCAGCCAUUGCAUUACAAGAACAUAAACUGAAAAUGCCUCCAGCCUCCAUGAGGCCAUCCACUUCAGAAAAAGAGCUGUGCAAAAUUGCAGAUUCCUUUUUUGGAACAGAUACUAUUUUGGAAUCUCCAGAUGACUUUUCCCAACAUGACCAAGACAAAAGUCCUUUAUCUGACAGUGGCUUUGAAACAAGAAGUGAGAAAACGCCUUCAGCCCCACAAAGUGCAGAGAGCACAGGGCCAAAACCACUUUUCCAUGAUGUACCCAUUCCUCCUGUCAUCACGGAAACAAGAACUGAAGUGGUUCACGUUAUCCGUAGCUAUGAACCCUCAUCAGAAGAGGUUUCUGAGCCACAAGCAGAAGAACCACCAUCUCCAAAGGUGGCAACUACUUUUAUGGAGCUGGAACCCAGACCAAAUGGUGGAUCUAUCAAAGAAAAAAUGAAAGCAUUUCAAAUGAAAGCCAGUAGUGAAGAUGAUGACCAUAAGUGUGUUCUUGGCAAAGGUGUCCGUGUGAAGGAAGAAACUCAUAUCACUACCACAACAAGAAUGGUUUAUCAUAAGCCUCCAUGCACUGAGAGUUCUUCAGAAAGAAUUGAAGAAACAAUGUCUGUUCACGAUAUAAUGAAAGCCUUUCAGUCAGGACGUGAUCCUUCCAAAGAACUGGCAGGUCUGUUUGAACAUAAGUCUUCAGUAACACCAGAUGUUAGCAAGUCAACCGAAAUUUCAACACAACAUGCAGAGAAGGACAGCAAAAUGAAACCCAAACUGGAGCGUAUAAUAGAGGUCCAUAUCGAAAAAGGUAAUCAGGCUGAACCUACUGAAGUCAUUAUUAGAGAAACAAAAAAGCAUCCAGAGAAAGAAAUGUAUGUUUAUCAGAAAGACUUACCUCGGGGUGAUUUGGAAAAACAUGAUGCUCUUCCUUGUUCAGAUGAACAAGGUCAGCAAGAAGAAGAAGAACUUACAGCUGAAGAGUCACUUCCCUCUUAUCUGGAGUCUUCUAGAGUAAACACUCCUGUGUCUCAGGAAGAAGACAGUCGCCCUAGUUCUGCCCAACUUAUGUCUGAUGACUCUUACAAAACACUGAAGCUUUUGAGUCAACAUUCAGUAGAGUACCAUGAUGAUGAGUUGUCAGAACUAAGAGGGGAGUCUUACAGGUUUGCUGAGAAAAUGCUUCUCUCAGAAAAGCUAGAUGUGUCUCAGUCUGAUACUGAGGAGUCAGUUACUGAUCAUUUUCUACCCCUUAGCUCAGACUUACAGGGGCCUGAUAAACGGUGCAGAGAAAAAGUAGCUACAGUCCCCCCAAAAGAAAUCCUCACCAAAAUCUCUAAAGAUAUAUCAGAAAAUGGUGUAGGUAAAAUGUCUAAAGAUGAUCAUUAUGAUAAAGUGACAGUGUUACAUUACACUGGAGAUGUUAGUAGCCCAAAGCACGCAAUGUGGAUGCGAUUUACUGAGAACAGAUUAGACAGAGGUAGAGAAAAGUUGAUAUAUGAAGACAGGGUGGACAGGACUGUUAAAGAGGCAGAAGAAAAGCUGACAGAAGUAUCACAGUUCUUCCGGGACAAAACAGAAAAAUUGAAUGAUGAACUGCAAUCUCCAGAGAAAAAGCAACAGAGAAGAAAUGGGAAAGAUGUUCAUUCCAGCCAUAGUUCAGCCAGCAGCAGCCCUGAAAAAGUGACCCUUACUGAUUUACCAAGUUCAAAGGAUGAUUGGACUAAAGGAGGACAAUAUGGCCAUGAUGGAAAGUGCUUCCCAAAAGCUGAUGAAAGAAAAGCUGCCAGUUUGCCUAGCAGCCCCGAGAGAAGGGCUCUCACCCAGCAGACAGAGGAUUGUAAACAGUUGAUGGAGCACAAAGGCAUUGCUCAGAAAAGUAGAACACCUGAUGCAUUGCCAACUGGUUUUCAAUUGAAGCAGUCCAAACUCAGUUCUAUUAGGCUGAAGUUUGAACAGAGCAUAGGCUCAAAGAGUAAAGAACUUCUUCAAGAGGAUAAAAAGCAGGACCCACAAUCUAAAAUCCCGGUGAAAAAAUUACAAGAUAGCAAGCUCCCAGUCUACCAGUUUUAUGCACGAGAAAAACAUGCAAAAGAUGUAGACCUUGCAGAUGGAAAUAUAACACUGCAGAGGGAAUCUCCUGCUAUCAAAUUAAAAGAUGGCACCCAGAGUAAAGGCAAAGUUAUGGAAGAUGUUUCUACUUCAGAUGCAUCGAAGCACAGAACUGAAACACUAAGUAAAAGUAUUCCUGAAGGUUUUUUGGAGCAGAAGGCGAAAGGUCUGGCAUACAGCGUGAGCUCGGAGACAAUGCCAUCCAAAGGGCAUUGGGAUAAAAAGAUCUACAGAACAUGGGAAAGCCCUGGAACAUCUGCCCACAAAACACAAAAAGAAAAACUUUCCCAUGUGCUUGUUCAGGAUGUAGUGAAAGAAAAUCACAUUGUCCACUCUGAGACUAAAGAUAUGGGCAAAGCUAGUGAAUUUAUCACUGUAACAGAGUGUGAGCACAAAAUGUCAAAAAAUGGAUCCCAUGCUAAGGAGGUGAAGGAAGUGACUGUAAAAUCACCAUCCAAAAAGGUUCUUUAUAGAGAAUAUCUUGUCAGAGAAGGGGAAUAUCCCAGUGAAGUGAUGGAUAAAACUUCAAAGAAAAAAGAACCAUUGACUGUAUCUCACAUUCCGGUCAGAAUUUCAGAAGAAAAAAGAAUAUUGUCAGCUAACAUUCCUGAUGGUUUUCACGAACAUCCAAAAAACUCAGUGCAUGAACUUUCACUGAAAAUGUCCCAUGCCAGUAUGGCUAAGGAAAAAGUUGAGAGACAUUUUGAUUAUACAGAGCAUAAUAAAAGUGAGCAUUCAGAAUUCAGUAAGGCUAGCAGCAGGCAACAAAGUUGCAUACAGUUAAGUCCUCCUGUGGAGGAUGCAGAGGUAUCCCCUAGUAAGUCACCUGAUUCUUUAGAAGUUAGCCCAGGAAAGGAGUCUCCUUCAAGGCUCUUUGACUCCAUUCAUGGUGAUAAUUUGGUGAAAUAUGCCCCUUUAGCAACAGCUGAGGGAGCAAAAGAGAUUAAAACAUUACCUGUUUAUGUUAGUUUUGUUCAAAUAGGGAGACAAUAUGAAAAGGAGGUGCAGCAAGGAAGUAUUAAAAAAAUUGUAAGUCAGGAAAGUAAGACUGUACAAGAGACAAAGGGGGGCUUUUAUACUCCUAGGCAACAAAAACAGCUUCCUUCUCCACAAGGUAGUCCAGAAGAUGACACAUUAGAACAGGUGUCCUUUAUAGAUAGCUCUGGGAAAAGCCCAUUAACACCUGAAACACCUAGCUCAGAAGAAGUGAGUUAUGAGUUUACAUCUAAAACGCCUGAUUCACUAAUAGCUUAUAUACCAGGCAAACCCAGUCCUAUCCCUGAAGUUUCUGAGGAGUCAGAGGAGGAAGCAGAGGCUAAAUCAACCUCUGUAAAACAGACCAUUUUUGAGAUACCAAAAAUUGACAAAGUAUUGCCAAAUAAUCUAGACAGAGAUUGUAAUAAAAGGCCAAAAGGGAAUAGGGUUGCCUAUAUUGAAUUCCCACCUCCUCCUCCAUUAGAUGCCGAUCAAACAGAACCGGAAAAGCAUCGCCACUCCUCUGAGAGUGAGAUGGAAAUGAUAGAAGUAAACCUACAAGAUGAACAUGAUAAAUGUCAACUGGCUGAACCAGUCAUAAGGGUACAGCCACCUUCUCCUGUGCCACCUGGAGAAGAUGUCAGUGACUCUAGUGAUGACGAAUCCCUCUAUCAACCCAUUCCGAUUAAAAAAUACAUGUUUAAAUUAAAUGACAUUGAAGAUGGUCAAAUGGAAGCCUACAAGCAAAAAUCGGCUGAAAAGAAGGAAAAUGGGAAGCCUAAUGAAUUUGACCUUGGCCUUGAUUCUCCCCAGAAUGAUAUUGCUCAAAAUGGGAACAAUGACCAGUCUGUCACUGAGUGUUCUAUAGCAACCACUGCAGAAUUCUCCCAUGAUACAGAUGCAACUGAGAUUGACUCACUUGAUGGCUAUGAUUUGCAAGAUGAAGAUGAUGGCUUAACUGAGAGUGAUUCUAAACUUGCAGGUCCAGCAGUAGAAACAAAAAAGGACAUAUGGGCUACAGAAGGCAUUUUGAAACAGACUGAUCGAUGUUUUAGCCAAAGUAAGCUGGAAGUUAUUGAGGAAGAAGAAAAAGUCUGCCCUGAAGAAAACAAGCCAUUAUCUAAAUGUCCAGCUUCUGAAAAAACUGCAAAUAAGACUGAGCAAAAGUCAGGGGCACAGUUUUUUACUUUGGAAGGCAGACACCCUGAUAGGACUGUGUUUCCUGAUACGUAUUUCAGUUACAAAGUAGAUGAAGAGUUUGCCACACCUUUUAAAACUGUAGCUACUAAAAGUCUAGAUUUCGACCCUUGGUCCAAUAAUCGUGGUGAUGAUGAAGUUUUUGAGUCUAAAUCAAGGGAUGAUGAGGCUAAGCCUUUUGGCCUAGCAGUAGAAGACAGAUCUCAAGCAACAACACCAGAUACAACUCCAGCCAGAACGCCAACAGAUGAAAGUACACCAACUAGUGAGCCCAAUCCCUUCCCAUUUCAUGAAGGGAAGAUGUUUGAGAUGACUCGCAGUGGCGCAAUUGACAUGAGCAAGAGGGAUUUUGUUGAAGAAAGACUCCAAUUUUUUCAGAUUGGUGAGCAUACUUCUGAAGGGAAGUCAGGGGACAAGGGGGAAGGGGAUAAAAAUAAAGUCACUGCCAUCACACAACCACAGUCAGGGGAAAAAACUAUAGAAAAAACCAUAGAGGGAGAAGUAGAAACACCAGCAGUUGAACAUAAACUCAUCAUCCAGGCCAGUGGAGAUUGUAUGGAAGCAACACCGGGUAGUAACUCACUGGAGAAAUCAUCAGCAGCUGUUAAUGCUUCUAAAGUUGAUCCCAAAUUGCGCACACCUAUUAAAAUGGGAAUUUCUGCUUCCACCAUGACGCUGAAGAAAGAUGUCCCUGGAGAAGUGACAGAUAAGAUAGAGUCUGUGAUGCCAGGUGUUCAGGGAUUAGAAUAUGAAUCCAUAAUAGAGGUUACAAGUACAGCUACGCUUAGCCAGUCAAGUGGUAGGGAAGCAGAAAAGCAUUAUUUCCAAAAAGAUAAUUUUAAUAACAACAACAAUUUGGAUCCAUCCACUACACCUAUCAGUAGUGUUACCUGUAAAGUAGUGCUAAAUGAACAUUUUGAGCCCAAGCAUCCCACACAGAAAGCUAAUCAAAUGAAAAACACUUCAGGAAAUGACACAGGUGCAAAACAAGGACACGAUAAGCAAAAAAUAUAUGGAGAACAGCAGAAGUCAUCAGAACCGUUAGGGAAUAGAGCAAGAUCAAAACUUCCCAUAAAGGCUACCUCAGCAAAAGAAACCAGCCCACAUAGUAAUAGCCAAGCCUGCAGAUUGAGUAAAGUCAGACAGGAUAGUAAACUUGACAAAAGAAAACAAUACAGUUCCUCUCCACAUAUAGAUGUAAGGUCUAAGAUUCCUGUAAAAAACACACAAAGGCAUAACUUAGUAAUAGCUAGAAAAACACCAGUGGUUAAAAACCAAGAGCAGCUAGAGAGAAGCAAAGUCAAACCGCUUCCUUCUAAAUUACCAUUAAAGGUAAGAUCAACCACCAUCACCACCACCACUACUACAACAACAGUUAAAGUAAAGCAAAGUCAGCUUAGGGAGGUAUGUAAACAUUCCAUUGAAUAUUUUAAGGGAAUUAGUGGUGAGGCUUUAAAGCUUGUGGACCGUCUAUCUGAUGAAGAGAAAAAGAUGCAGUCUGAGGUGUCCGAUGAUGAAGAAGACAGUACGUCAAGAAACACUUCAUUAUCCGAAGCCACUCAAGUUUUCCAGCCUUCCAUUACAUCGAAGCCCGCUAGAGAUAUGAGAACAGAGGCAGCAUCUUUAAAAUCAAAGAUUGAAAAGGCCGACAGUGAGAGGAGGAGGAGGAGUAAGAGGACUGGUCCACAGAGUCCAUGUGAACGGACAGAUAUAAGGAUGGCAAUAGUGGCCGAUCACCUGGGACUUAGCUGGACAGAACUGGCAAGAGAACUGAAUUUUUCUGUUGAUGAAAUUAAUCAAAUUCGUGUAGAAAACCCAAACUCUCUGAUUGCUCAGAGCUUCAUGUUGUUAAAGAAAUGGGUUACCAGAGAUGGGAAAAGUGCUACAACUGAUGCCUUAACAUCUGUAUUGACAAAAAUCAACCGGAUCGACAUUGUAACUCUUUUGGAAGGACCAAUAUUUGAUUAUGGAAACAUUUCAGGCACCAGAAGCUUUGCAGAUGAAAAUAAUGUUUUCCAUGAACCUGUUGAUGGUUGGCAGAGUGAGACCUCCAGUGUCAAUGUGGAACCACCGACACCAGGACGAAGGAUAAGUGGUGAAUUGCUGGAUCGACUAGAUGACAGCCCAGACCAGUGUGGAGAUUCUAUUACCUCAUAUCUCAAAGGAGAAGCAGGAAAACUGGAAGCCAAUGGAAGCUACUCCGAAUCCACAGCAAAGAUUAAGCCUUUUGUUCAGGAGACUGUAAACAGUCUAGGAAAGCAGAGUGACAAAGAAACUGUGAAACCAAAAACAAAAAGUUCAGUCCGAACUGAAGAGCAAACAAUAUCAUUAAUAUCGCAUCAGAAAUCUCUGCAAGAGGCUAGCAAGCCAGCAGUUGAUGCACCUAAAACCUCUGUGCCUGUCAGCGUGAAAAAGACAAGCUGGAAUACUUCUGAAGACAGCAAACCAAGACCAAAAGCCCAGGAAGAGGAGGGAGCAGCAGCAUCUGAACAAAAGGAGUUUAGUGACAAUGACAGUGACAGUGACUUUGAAAUUGAGAGUGAUUCAAGCUCAGAUGAAGAACAGAGAAUCACUACGAGGGUUUAUCGUCGGCGUUUGAUUCUGAAGGGUGAGGAAGCAAAAAACAUUCCUGGUGAAUCUGUUACGGAAGAAAAGUUUACUGAUGAAGAAGGCAACGUCGUCACCCGAAAAGUUACCCGGAAAGUAUUAAGACGUGUUGUUAUCCCACAUGAGAAAAAACUUGGUGAAAUGCAGGGAGAAGGUUAUAAAGUGAAGACAAAGAAGGAAGUUCGACAUGUAGAGAAGACGACGUAUUCAUAACAGCCAAACAGCGAAUGAUUGUGUGUGCUUUUACUGCCAGUAUUCUAGGGAGAAACUCAAGGAAGAAAAAAAUUCAACAGGAAUUAUCAAGUCACUGAUAAAAGUGUGUGUGUGUGUGUGUGUGUGUGUGUGUGUGUGUGUGUGUGUGUGUUUGCUGCUUCCACACAUUAACCGCAUGGUUUUUAUUCGAAAAGAAAAAACACCAAAAAAAAUUUAAUUUAGCAUGAACCAGUUCUACAAGAGCACGGAAAUUCACCACUUUCAUUCACGGCAUUGGAGAGUGUGCAAUGAAGGAUGAUGCAGUGUAUGUACAAGAUGCCACGCUGGAACAGCUUCUUUGAAGCCAUUUGAUGCCAUCACAUAAUGGAAGAAUUCCUGUAGCAAGAGGGGAUAAAGACACUGAAAAAUGGUUCAAACCACAGAAAGCACUAAAAUUUACUAAAAUCCACAACAGCUCGCCUUAUUUUCUUGGACCCAAACUGUCAGGGUAAUAAAACACUCUUUUGUUUCUUUUUUUUUUUUAAAAAUAACUAACAUCAAUAGUUUCACUGUAAAUAAAUAACACUGUACAAAUUCUAAGGAGAAGUAGAAUAAAUGUUGAUAAGGCACUGCCUCUUAGCUCACAAACGGAAUAUUGCAUUCGCGUUGAACAGAAAUCAGUGUCUCUCAAACAGCUACACCUGCAGGGGUAUGCUAGGUGUAUCUUGUUCACAGAUUCUUGUAUAUUUAGCAAUUAUAAUGUUUGUAUAUGCAAAAAGGCUAGCUUGAUUUUAAAAAAAUCUUUAAAAUCUGCUGCAAAUUUAAUGAUUCCUAAGAUGAGGAAUUCUGUAGUUCUGUGAAAAAAAUUUCUUCAGAGUACUAAUAUUUUGGUGCAUGCGUUUCACCUUAUUUUGAUGAAAUCUUUUCCAGUUUUGCAAACACUAGACUGCAACAUGACAAAUAAGAUUCUGGGGGUACAAUGCACCAAGCACAGCCACUGAGCAUCCCCCAUUCAUUUAAAUAGGGCUUGCAGCAGGCUACAGCACAAGCGUCAUGGAAAUGAAGGGCGGUUACACAGCAGCAGUGCUUGGUGGAGGGUGCCCUUUACCUGUAAACACAAAGCCCUUCAUCUAAUAUUUGUUGCUGUUGCCAAUUUUUUCAAUGAAAAUGACCUAAAAUGUAAAGAAAACAUUACAUAUACAGUAGUUGCAUUAUGGGGAGGGGGGUGCUAUCUGUUCUUGCUUUAUGCCAGGGGGAAAUGCUUGCAGCUUUUAGAAGUGGGUGGGUGCUCUUGUAAGCACUAGUUUGGGAUAUUUAAAAAAAAAAAGAAAUGAAGAGAAAUUCUUAGCUAACAGACUGGCAGCACGCUGUAAAAAUAUUACUGUAUUGUGUACUGGCUAUAAGAUGUAGAAUCUUUAAGUAAGCCAAUCAUCUGUAAUCAUUCUAGCAGUGUAAUAUUAGGUUGUGAAGGCUGCUGUGUUUUAAAGGGCAUUUUUAUUUGGGUUUUUGGUGAAAUAUUUUAAUUUGUUAAUUAUCUUCAUAUGAAAACAGGAUUCAUUGAUAAUAGCUCUAAUUACAUAUGUAUGAAAACUCAAACACUGGAUGAUCUAGUUGAUUAUUUAAGCAUAAAAUAAAUUGCGUUACAACUCUUCA